AUCAUCACACUGAAGAUCUUUCUCUCUGUACAUCUGCCUUUCCAAUAAAAUAAAUAAAUCUUAAAAGAAAAAAAGUGAGAUGGGUUGUUGCAGCUCAGGAAGUUGGAGUUCUUGGUACCAAGUUCUGCGUUUUCCUCAGGACUGGCUAUCAGGGCAAUGCACAUGGAGGCUCUGCAGAGUGACUGUGGUGGGUCCCGGAGGUGGAGGUGUGUGUUCAUUCCCCCAGGGACCCGCUCUCUCCUAAACCCACAUGGACGCAGUUACUGCUGUUGCUGUUCCUACUUUCAGUGUGCCUGCACCUUUCUUCCUCAUUCCCCCAGUCCUGUUAGCAGCCCUCACCUGCACAGGUGUUAUUGCCCCAGGCAAGGCUGUGGUCAUGAGCCAAGGCUGCGGACAGUUGUCCCCUCAGCUCUGGUGCGGACAUCCUCUCUGGGGCUGGCAGCACAGGAAAGUAAAAAUAAUACAACCGUGUGACUAGGACAAGAGCCCGAUUUGUUGCCUUCGUGUGUAGGAAGCUCAUAUAGCUCAGCUGAGUAGCCAGUUGGAAUCCCAGGUAGGGGCUGGGUAGGAGGCAGGGCGAGACCCUGAGUCUCUGGGGCGGGGAAGCCCGAUUCCUCUGCCAGCUGUGUCUCCACCGCCGCUCCCCCCCCCCCCCCCCCCCGUGGUGCCCUAUUCCUCAGCCAGCCCAGCUGCGGUCUCUCCGUUUCCUCCCCCAACAAACACCCUGAGCGGGGUCCUGGCAACUGGGCCUUCGGCCGCUGGCAACUGAGCUCCUAGAGCCCACGAACUUGUAAGGCCCCUGGAGGUUCGCCCCACUUCCCCUCCCCCCCAACCAGUCUAAUGUCUGGGCCGCGGGCCCCGCCUUCCUGAGUCACUGACGUGUCCUGUCCUUUUCUGAUUUGUCAUUUUCGCGCUUCGCCCUCCCUGGCGCCAACUCUUACUUGCACGCGAGCUGCAGCAGCAGUGUUGGCCGCGACGAUCCGGGAGCGAGGAUCGCAGAGCGAGGAGCCGGGAGCGAGGAGCUGAGGGGCUGAGGAGCUGAAGGGCUGAGGAGCGAGGUGGUGUGCCUGGGAGACCCCAUCUACUGCUGCGCUCCUGCCUCUGCGCUGAUUCCUUCCAGAGCAGCAUUUCCUUUGGCCUUCCUAGGAGCUGCAGAAGUCUUGGGUGUGCAGCUGAUCAGCCACUCUUCCUCCUUGAGCUGCGAAGAGGGGACGGCUUCUUGCACUGCUCAGUCAUGGUGCUUCUGGAAGUCCUCAAGCUCAUUCUUUUCGUUCUGCUUCAGUUUCGGAGUGUUCCCCUUGCAGCACAUGCAGACUCUCACAGUCUGAGCUACAAUUUCAGCAUCACUGCUCAGCCCAAGCCUCAACAGCCAUGGCGUGAAAUUCAAGGGCAAAUGGAUCAGAUGGUGUUUCUCUCCUCUUGCUGUGGUGGUGAGGUGAACCCUGUGGGACCCCUGGGAAUGAAGCUCAACAGCACAAAGAUCUGGGAGGAUCAGUCUGAAACGCUGAAAGAUGUGACUGAGGAGCUUCGGAACAAGCUGCUGGACCCUAAGCCAGAGAUUUUCCCAAAAAGCGAUGUCCCCACCCUGCAGGGCAUGAUGCGCUGUGAAAAGGAAGGCAGUGGGAAAACACACUGGUCUUGGCAGUUUGGCUUCAAUGGACAGACAAACCUGCUCUUCAGCUCAGACAACAGUACAUGGACAGAGCUUCAUCCUGGAGCCACAUGGCUGAAGACAGCCUUGGAGAAUGAUGAGCACAUGACCACGUUGUUGCAGAAAGUCUCAGCAGGAGACUGUCAGAAGUGGCUUUUGGGCUUCUUGUCAUCCAGGAAGGAAAUGCUGGGGACCACAGCACCAUCAACCAUGACUCCAAAAGCAGUCCAGUCCAAGGCCGUGAUCAUCAGCAGCAGCACCUUGGCUGUCAUUUUCAUUAUCUGCUGCAUUAUAAUUGAUUCCUUCCAGAGCAGCAUUUCCUUGGGCCGUCCUAGGAGCUGCCGAAGUCUUGGGUGUGCAGCUGAUCAUCCACUCUUCCUCCUUGUGCUGCGAAGAGGGGACGGCUUCUUGCACUGCUCAGUCAUGGUGCUUCGGGAAGUCCUCAAGCUCGUUCUUUGGGUUCUGCUCUCUCUUCCCCUUGCGGCACCUGCAGACACUCACAGUCUGAGCUACAACUUCAGCAUCACUGCUCAGCCCAAGCCUCAACAGCCAUGGUGUGAAAUUCAAGGGCAAAUGGAUCAGAUGGUGUUUCUCUCCUUUCGCUGUGGUGGUAAGGUGAACCCCUUGGGCCUCCUAGGAAGGAAGCUCAACAGCACAAAGACCUGGGAGGAUCAGAUUGAAACGCUGAAUUAUGUGACUGAGGAGCUCCGGAACAAGCUGCUGGACCUUAAGUCAGAGAUCUUCACAACCAGCGAUGUCCCCACCCUGCAGAGCAUGAUGCGCUGUGAAAAGGAAGGCAGUGGGAAAACACACGGGUCCUGGAAUGUUAGCUUCAAUGGACAGAUAAACCUGCUCUUCAGCUCAGACAACAGUACAUGGACAGAGCUUCAUCCUGGAGCCACAGUGCUGAAGACAGCCUUGGAGAAUGAUGAGCACAUGACCACGUUGUUGCAGAAAGUCUCAGCAGGAGACUGUCAGAAGUGGCUUUUGGGCUUCUUGUCAUCCAUGAUGGAGAUGCUGGGGACCACAGCACCAUCAACCAUGACUCCAAAAGCAGUCCAGUCCAAGGCCGUGAUCAUCAGCAGCAGCACCUUGGCUGUCAUUUUCAUUAUCUGCUGCAUUAUAAUUGCAGAUUCCUUCCAGAGCAGCAUUUUCUCGGGCCGUCCUGGAAGCUGCAGAAGUCUUGGGUGUGCAGCUGAUCAGCCACUCUUCCUCCUUGUGCUACGAAGAGGGGACGGCUUCUUGCACUGCUCAGUCAUGGUGCUUCGGGAAGUCUUCAAGCUGGUUCUUUGCGUUCUGCUCUCUCUUCCCCUUGCGGCACAUGCAGACACUCACAGUCUGAGCUACAUCUUCAGCAUCACUGCUCAGCCCAAGCCUCAACAGCCAUGGUGUGAAAUUCAAGGGCAAAUGGAUCAGAUGGUGUUUCUCUCCUUUCGCUGUGGUGGUGAGGUGAACCCUGUGGGACCCCUCGGAUGGAAGCUCAACAGCACAAAGACCUGGGAGGAUCAGAUUGAAACGCUGAAUUAUGUGACUGAGGAGCUUCGGAACAAGCUGCUGGACCUUCAGUCCAGAGAUCUUCCCAACCAGCGGAUGGAGAUGCUGGUGACCACAGGUAACUAUGACGAAGUCUAG